AUGGAUGAUAAUCCAAAGCCUGCCCAUGAAGACAAUUUGUCUACAGCUGCUCAGCCACUGAAUUCCAGUGUCUAUGAGGAGCCUAUGAAGCCUACUGGAGCCAUGACUAGCGACGAUGCCACGGCUAACCUUGACGAAGCUACCAAGGAUGGAUCCUUCACCUCUUCUCCGGAGUCGGUUGCUAAAUCCCGUCAAUCGUCCCCUCAGUAUGCCCAUGUUCAUUUCAUUGACCCAGUCAUUCCGGCGAACUCUGAGCCCAAGAAGCCGGAAGUUGCAUCCAAGACUGAGCAUAAUGUGAGUGCUGACUACGUUCUAACCCCUUUCAUAUCUCAGAAAGGAUAUCAUACUGACAUUAUUCUCAAGGUUGAGGACCCUUUGAUCGAUUCGGACCAGAAGCUUAACAAGCAUGUUUCCCAGGUAUCUGCUGAGGCUGACCUUGGAGGGGAUUUGCCGAAAAUAAUUGACUUUGCCGUCGGUAUAAAGGAGCCAGAGAGCACUGCAGGCACUUCGCAUAUGAAGGACGAGUCAGUAUCGGAGAAUGUGCCCAAUGUUGGAUUCAAGCAUGAUCCCGAAGAGGAAAAGUUUCUCGCAAACGUGGAACUUGACGUUGGUACUUCAAAGAAGAAGAAGAAGAAUAAGAGGCGCCCCAAGAGCCAGAGAGGAGAGAAUGCACCCUCGGGGUUCGAGCCUUUCUAUGCUGAUGCACCAAUGACCCCAGUGGAGUUCGAGGAGAACAAGACCAUCUAUGAUCCUACUUUGCCCAUUCUCGAUCGAAUUGAUGAAGGCAUCAAGCGCUUCUUGUACAAGCGACGCCUUGAUCCCUACAGACGCAAGGUUUUUCUCAAGUACUUACAGUACGGCGGUGUCAGUGUGGGCCCCAAUCAUUCACAGGGAGUGACUCCUUCGGAAUUGAAGGAAAUGACCAAAGAAGAGGCAAUGCAAGCACGCUGCAACACGGCCAUCUUUCCCAAGAUGGGAAAGACAUACCCGAUCUCCUUCAACGAUGUUGCCACUGGCUACCUGACCGGAUUCUACAUGGGCUACUACAAUCCUGAUACCGAGGAGGAGAUCAAAGUGUGCACUGACACGAUGAAGAAUUUCUUUUCUUACCUGCUCUACCACAAUGUUUGCCCCGAGCAGACAGAGGAUCUUGAGGAAGCCCGAAAGACCUGUGAUCGGGCUGCCAAGGAGUUGUGGAUGAACCAGCGGCUUGUACACCACCAAGGUCCCGGGGAGUUUAACCGCGGCUGCUCCUUGCUGUUUGGUGGCUACUACUUCGAAGACGUGGAUGACCCCGAGGCUUGGACGAAUGUUCGAUAUGCUGAUCAAAAGGUCUUCACCUCUGAAAUGGCUCGCAAGGUCGUCAAAUAUGCCGUUGCAAUUGCCGGAAAUGAUCGGACUGCUCGCAAAUUCAAGAUCCUCGCUGAGAGGGAUAUGAUUGAAGCCAAGCAGGUUCCAGACAUCGAUGGCUUUGAGAUCAUCUCUGCUGAGGAACCUACUGAGGAAAUCAUCGCAUACUACAGGGAGCUGUGCCCCGAUCUCGCCCCAGUGGGCAAGAUUCGAGCCAAGGAAUUCCGUGAUCCUGCCAGAGGUCCUUUUGACCUCACUCCCUGGGAGAAGGUCGACUGGGAUGCUGGUUUUGCCCCGACCUACGAGUUCGAAUUCCUCGUUGAAGAUCAUGUGUUUGCCCAUAUCCUGCCCGGCAUGAAGAUCAUCUCGGACGUCUUUGAGACCAACUUCGGACAAUACUACUUCGAUGAAAUUCUGUCGGUCCUGCCAAGCUUUUACAAGUUCAUGUACAAUGAUUGGAUGAUGGACUACGUAGAGCCUAUGCCUAUUAACUUCAUCCCCGAUGAAGAGGAAGUCGCACGCCGCCGCGCAAAGGAGUCUAUCAUGCACCCCCCCGAGCCUACCCCGGCCGAGUGGGCUAUGCACAUGCUGACACACGAAUUGGACUUUAAUCUCCGGCCGGGUCAGGAUGCCAUGGUUGCUGUUUGGCAAAUUAUCCAUACCCUUGAGGCCUUUGGCUGGGACAUGGAGGAAGUUAAAGACUUGACGGGCUUGGUGGAUCUGAAUCCGCGGAAAGGCAAGGGAAACUCAACUGAGGGAGAGCAGUCCCGCACACGCCUGAGCAAUGAGCCCUACAACAUUCCCUUUGACGAGGCUCUCAAGGAGACCCUUGACCGGACUAUCAAUCAUUUCAAGAAUCCGGAAAAGAUCAGGCCUGUUAUAGCGCCGGAGGUCAUCGCGAAGUUCCUCAAGGAAAAAAGGAACAACUAG